AUGCUCUACGAUCUCAACAUCCAUUGGACGCCGCAGACCCCGGCCUCGGAGCUCGAGCGCACCCUCAAAUUCAGCGCGUCGCUCGGCUACAACGUAGUCGCGAUAAACCACACCUUCUCUGCACCCAUACCCUCGCAGAUCAACAACCCAAUACCACAGCUCGGGCCGGUCCACUCGUCAUUCCCGCAACACAAUCACACCAACCAAUCCUCAUCCUCCACCCCGGCCCCUACACGCGGCGAUGCCCCCGCGAACAACAAGCUGCCCACGACACUCCGCCGCGCCACCGUCGUGGUCUCGGACCCGGCGACCAACUACCGCCUCCCCUCGGUGGCAGCCGCCUACGACAUGGUAGUCUGCCGGCCGACGACGGACAAGGCGUUCGCGGCGGCGUGCACGACCAUGUCCGAGAUCUCGAUGAUCAGCCUGGACCUGACACAGUUCUUCCCCUUCCACUUCAAGCCGAAGCCCUGCAUGGCCGCCGUCAACAGGGGCGUCUACUUCGAGGUGUGCUAUGGCCAGCUCGUCGCCGGCGGCGACCAGAGGGCCCGGGCCGUGGGGCCCGGCAGCCUGAGGGCGCCGGCGGACGUCGUCAACCUGCUCGCCGUCUGGGGGCUCGGGCCGGAAAAGGGUCUCGAGGGCCUCGGGGUGAGGCCUAGGGCCGUGGUGGUCAACGAGGGGCUCAAGAGGCGGGCGUUCAAGGGCGUUGUGGAUAUUGUGGACGUGGAGGGCAGUAUACCAGGGCGUGAGAACGAUGAAAAAGAUGCUGGUGGAGGUCAGAAGAAGCAGAAGGGUGCGAAGAAGCAGCAGGGCCAGAAUCAGCAACAACCCAAGGGCAAGAAUGAGAAUGGAAAGCGGAAACAUGAGGGUGGGGUAGAUGACGGAGGCGGCGUUGACCAGACGUCGUUGCCGGUCAUGAGUAAGAGGCAGGCCAAGAAGAUGAAGAUGGCUGACAAGAAAGCAGUGCCAGAGCCAAAGGAGAGCUCAAAAUAA